GGCAACAAUGAUAAAUACUUAUGGCUGAUGGCGUAAAGUAUGAGGUACAAACGUAAAUAAUUUCGAGAUACAUUUUCAUUUUUCAUUAAUUUUUUAUUGUUUUAAUUGUGAUUAAGCUUUAUGUAAGAUUUUAAUAAAUAGUGGUGCGUAUAGUUGUUAAUGUUACAGAUAUGUCUAAAAAUAAGAUAGUGAGAUCCUGUGACACAAAAAUUGAAGUGAAAAGUAAAUUUGAUGCGGAAUUUAGAAGAUUUAGUGUGGAACGUAACUCCCAAAUAAAAUUUGAAGACUUUAGAUCUCUUAUUGAACGUUUACACGGCCUGAAAGAGACGCCAUUUUUAGUUUCCUAUAUAGAUCCCAGCGAUCAAGAUUUGCUUCCUAUAAAUAACGAUGAUAAUCUAAGGAGAGCGCUUUUCAAUGCUAAACCAUUGCUCAGAGUUAUAAUACAAAGAAAAGGAAAUAGUUUAGAAGAACUGAAUGGUUAUGGUACGCUGAAGCCUAGAAAUUUAAUAUCUACCAUAUUAGGUGGAACACCAGCUAAAACGAAAACACUUCCUAUUUCAAAUCCCCACGAUUUUAGGCAAGUUUCAGCUAUUAUAGAUGUAGAUAUUGUACCAGAAACAUGCAGGAGAGUUAGGCUACUGAAGCACGGGUCAGAUAAACCUUUGGGGUUUUACAUAAGAGAUGGUACAAGUGUAAAAGUUACACAAAACGGUCUUGAAAAGAUUCCCGGUAUAUUUAUCUCACGAUUAGUGCCCGGAGGUCUUGCAGAAUCCACAGGACUUUUAGCUGUUAAUGAUGAAGUCCUGGAAGUCAACGGUAUAGAAGUUGCUGGUAAGACUCUUGACCAAGUCACUGAUAUGAUGGUAGCAAAUAGUUCAAAUUUAAUAAUAACCGUCAAACCGGCAAAUCAAAGGACAGUGGGGCCUCCAAGGAGAGGAAGUUUUGGAAGAAGUUCACAUAUGUCCAGUGGAUCACAUCACUCAAAUACUACAGCCGGUUCAGAUCCAGAAGAUAAGUAUGAUCAGGAUGAAAUUGUCGAUCUUACAGCUGGAAUAACUAUAGAAGAGAAUCAAACGAAAGAUGAUGGAAUUCUUCACCUAUGAGACGAGAAGAUUGAUGAAGAUAAAUUGUACAUUCCAAUUACACUGGCAAUUAUAUCUUAAUAGGUAUUAUAAUUAGUAAUAUUUAAGACUUGGUAUUUUUUUAACAGUAUUUAUAUAGUGUCUUGACUUGACGAUCCGUCCCUUAUGUGCCUCUUUCGUGUACAGGGUGUUUUUAUUACUUCGCCUUUCGUAAAAAAGAUAUUCCAAGCGCAUUUUAUUGAAUAUGUAGAUGCUUGUGGAAGUUGAUAACAGUCUGAUAGCUUUUUGAAUUUGAACGUAGUACAUGAUUAUUCAGAUUAUUACUGAAGCUUAUAGUUUUAAAGAAUUUGUAUUUUAUAACUUUCUAGUUGGCUUACACACAGAAUCUACAAAAAUAAUUGAAUAGAAAAACCAAAAAUCAAUAUUUUAUGCCCCAAUUUUAUUUAAUGUGUCUAUUAUUUGUUUAUAGUAUAUUCGCAGUCGAAUAUGUACUUAAUAUAUGUUAUGAAAAGUAAUUUUAAUAAUUCUUUGAAUGUGAAUGAUUUUUAAAUUUGUUUCUGGGGCAUUACUUUUUUGUAAAUUUUUAGUAUUCAAUUCAAAUAAAUAUUAUGAAUACUGGGCGAAUCUAAAUUAUAUUAUACUGCUGCUAUAUUACCACCUUGUACGUUUACAAAAUUUUAAACUUGUGACGUCCUCUAAUCCUUUUUAUUUAUUAUAUUGAAUUUUAACUG